CCUAAGGACACCUGGGGUGGCCAACCGAACAAGCAGUACUACCCGGAAGAUGUUACAUCCACCAUCCACGGGCAUACAGGCAUGGACGGAAUAAGAAGCACCGGUUACCGGCCUCCUGUGUCCAGCAGCGGCGGCUAUGACGCAGUGCCCAGUACUAGCCGCGCUGGCAUGGAGGAAGCAUCAGCCAGUUUGGACAACAAUGGAAGGAUUGCUAUUGGCACCUGGGGUGGCCAACAGAACACGCAGUACUACCCGGCUGACGUCACAUAUACCAUGCAUGGGCAUGCAGACAUGGCCGGAAUAAGAAGCACCAGUUACCGGCCCCCUGUGUCCAGCAGUGGCGGCGAUGACACAGUGCCCACUACAAGCCAUGCUGGCAUGGAGGAAGCAACAGCCAGUUUGCAAAACAGUGGAAGGAAUGCUACCGGAACCGAGGAAAGCGAACAGAAAGAGUUAUGCGGUGUCUGCGGCAAGGUUUACACCAGACUGCACGGACAAGCUGCCGAGCACUAUGGCGAUGAAUCCUCCAUUUGUGAAGCAUGUUAUCUACCCUCCGCAAAGAUUAAGAAGAUCGUAAGAAAUUGCCUGAAGAGCACAAAAGAAAAAAUGUACAAAUGCGAAGCAUGCGGCAAAUCAUUCACGCAGUCGUGGUACCUUAAGGCACACCAGCUCACCCACACAGGCAUAAAACCCUACAACUGCGAAACAUGUGGUAAAUCAUUCGCUUGGUUGGGCUAUCUUAAGGUCCACAAACGCACACAUACAGGCGUUACUCCCUACAAAUGCAAAACAUGCGAUAAAUCAUUCAAGCAGUCGUCGAACCUUAACGUACAUCAACGCACGCACACAGGCAUUAAACCCUACAAAUGCGAAACAUGCGGUAAAUCAUUCAAGCAGUUAUCGCACAUUAACAAACAUCAACGCACGCACACGAGCUAGAAACCCCAUGUCUGUCCAAAAUGUAUGAAAUCAUUUCAAGGUGAGUGGUACCUCCAAGAGCAUUUCAACCUGCAUACGGGCGCUAAACUAUUCGAGAGCGAAAUAUGAGUAAGUCUUUUCCGUACAGGUCAAGUCUCAGACGUCAUAGCCUCCACCACGCAGAUGAACCGCCGCAUCAGUGUGCCCACCGCGGCGCUCAUUUCGCAGAGAGAGAAACUGUCGAAGUACAUAUGUGCCAGAUGAUUACGUGUUAUUUGUGUGGGGAUUCCUUUAGAGAUGAGAUUCAACUAGCCACAGAUAUCGUGACGCACAUAGGUGGGCAGCCGUAACAGUUAGACUGGUGCGCACAAUAAGUCAAUCGCCCGCUACUUUUCCACAGAGCCGUGAGUGUGAGCAUGUGCAGGAAAACAACGGAGACAUUCUUGCAUAGCACUGAGCACCAUACGCUACGCAACGCAUGUGGAAACCAGGUUAUUUCGAACAAAAUGGCAAACAGCUUAGUGCAAAGCGCAAUGUAAACGAUGGCAGCUGGGUAUUUCAAAUUACUAGACAAUACGCUUUCGUCGAAAUUAUAUGACAAAAAAUUUUGAAUACCUCGACCAGUGCUCGCUGUUCACAUUACUGCAUUAGUCGUGAGCGUAGCUAUAACAAACUCACACGAAGACA